GUCAAAAACGUGCUGUCCGGUAGGGAGGCAUCUCCAGUGUAAGCACUGUGGAGUGCUUACACUCUAGUCUACACCAUUUGCAUUCCUCAGCAGCCUACUUCUGUUGCUUCUGCACUGGGUCAGGUGUGAUCUGUUUAUGCAUGCUUGGGAGCACAGUACAUGUUGCUUACUUCUUCAGGGUGUAAGAAAUAAAAAGUGUGAUUGCAUGGGCAGUUCACAGAGAUCACUAGUCUCUGAAUCCAGAGAGAGGGGGUAGAAAAUAGAAAUGUGUCAUUCCCUGGACAUACUGCAAUAGGCCUUCGUCUUUCCUUUGCUGAGGACUCCAGAGCUGGAUGCAGUUCUCCAGGUGGGGUCUUGCCAGAAUAGAGCAGAGGGGAAGAAUCUCUUCCUUCAUCCUGCAGUCCGUGUUGUUGGUGACACACAACCCAGAACAUGACUGGUUUCUGGGCUGUUAGCACACAUGGCUGGCUCAUGUGAAGCUUCUUGUCCACCAACACCCCAAGUCCUUCUUCUUGGAGCUGAUAUCAGUCCAUUUUCUACAUAGCCCAUGUUUGUGCUUGGGAUUACUCUGACCCCAUAUGCUUCUGCUUUGCCUCAUAAAGCUUUUGAGUCAGGCAUAUGCAGAGCAUGCUGUUUAUUUUCAAGAGUCAGAGGUUUCCUGCUUCAAGUGUCGCAAUGUGCAGUUCUCAGGAAAUACAGUGUACCAGACCAGUUUGUCCUCCAAAAUCUCAAAUCCAAGGAAGAGCAUAUUUUCCUCCUCUGUGCAACUGCUCAUACUACAGAGAAUGCCUUGUGGAAAGUUCAGAUAAAUAACUGGGACAUGGCAUAUAUACAAGUAGAAAAAUCUGCUUAACCCUCUGACAAGAUGACUGCACAGUAGCAUUCAGUGCUGUCAUAAAGCCUACAUAUUGAUGCCAAGGAAUCAGCAUAUCUUGGGCAAAUACAUACAGCUGGAAUAGAAAUUUUGAUCCAUCUCUGUUCAUGCAACUGUUAGCCAGGGAGAAAUAAUCCUUCAGGAAGAGUCGCUCAGUUGUGUGGCCUUCACAAAGGUUUUCUAACACCUGAUGAUGUACAGGUGAAUCCUGUGUGUCAGUGCAGGGCAUGAGAACACAUAGCAGAAGUCCAGAUUGCACCGACCAUUGUGUGGUCCUCCACAGCGCCCUACCUGGACCACUGCCAACUUCUUACCUUGUUUCCCAGCCUAGGGUUACCAGGGCUUGACCAUUUGUGUUUGCAAUGCAACAAGUGAAAGGGAACAUGACCUGCCUUAUUCAGAUUGUCCCUCCUGCUGGAAGCACCAGCCUUGCCCAGAUUUUUUCUUUUGCUGUCUCCUAUACUCCACUUGCCCUGAGAGCAGCAGUGAGGUCCUUGAGAACACAAAGAAGACACCAUUAAUAGGUCUAUAUCUCUCCAGACUGUGUGACAGAAUCUAUGAGAUCUGGAAUAGGAAUGACCCAAAGCAACUGUCUCUAUGUGUAUUUCUCUUGAGCCCAGUGCUGCCCUGUUUCACUACCUUACCUGGCACAGUCCCAUUGCAGUUCCAGCACCCUUGUGAAUCAUUAACAGUCCAAGUCCAGCUGCUCCUUUCACAGCUUGUCCUUUCACACAGUUUUCCUUCCCAGCCUCCAAAUGUUUAAAUCAAGCAAGGUACAGACAGAGAAGAGUAAAAAAGAUUUUUAUAUUAAUCUGCAUCUGCUGACAACAUGACAAGCAGCCAGAGCAAUAUUAGGAAAGUAUGCCCUACCUCUGCACUCAUGGUGGGCAAGCUGGUCCUCUUUGCAACUUGUUUGUCCUUUGCUCUGACAUUCUACAGACAUCCCUGUUCCUGCUCUUAUUUGGAGCUUGUAAUAGGAGUUAAAAGUAUCUCUCAGUCUCCUUCAUGAACUUUCUGGCCCUGUUCCUUUACUAGCGGCACCUGGUCAUUCACACCCCUGCAAGAAACUGCCAUUUCCAUACCUUUUGCUUAGUGCGGGGCGGAGUUUUCUAGUUUAAGGUUGGUCAAAGUAGGCGGGCAGUGUAGAGCAGUCAGUCUUAGAGCUGGGAUGUACAUGAAGAGGACAGGAUGGGGCAGGCACAGGUGUAGGUAGGAGCUAAGUACAUGUGUAUAUGAGACCCCAGCAUGAAGACAGAGUGCCUGUACAUGAAUGCACAGUUGUUCAUGUGACUGCCUGGAGGCGCGUGUACCACAGCAGUGAACGUGUGUGAAGGCAACUUUGCUUGAAUCAGGUCUGGUGGUACUUCACAAGGACUUGUUAAGGCUUACAAUUCAUUUCAGUCCUUCUACUCUCUGUGGAACAGACUUUUGAUGGCAACAAUUAUCACUAGUUCUUAUAUGAGUGAAGAAGCUGUUGAAACUGUGGUCUCACAUGAGGUCCCUUGCAAUCAUGGUGAAGUCUAGAAGAGUGCAGGUGCUCCUGAUUCUGGUAGUUCUGUCCUUCCUUCUUAUCCACUUCCUACCCUGCAGCAACAAUGCCCAUAUGGAAGAAAAACCUUCUCCUGUCCACAUCCUCAUUCUCUCCUCCUGGCGGUCAGGAUCCUCCUUCACUGGACAAAUCUUCAGCCAGCACCCCAGUGUCUUCUACCUGAUGGAGCCUGCAUGGCACGUUUGGGUUAAGAUGUACCAGAACAGUGCCAAAGUCUUACACAUGGCAGUGCGGGACUUAGUCAGGUCGGUCUUUCUGUGUGACAUGUCUGUGUUUGAUGCUUACAUGUCUAGCCAGAAGAAAAAGUCUGAUUUAUUUCAGUGGGAGACAAGCCGAGCCUUGUGCUCCCCACCUGCCUGUGACUCAUUCAGUCGCAGUGACAUAAUCACUGCAGGCAAUUGCAAAACGAUCUGUGGCAAGUACCCAUUCAGCAAGGUGGAGGAAGCUUGUAAAACCUAUAGCCAUGUUGCCAUCAAGGAAGUUAGGUUCUUUGACCUGAAAGUUCUCUAUCCCCUUCUCACUGAUCCAUCCCUGAACCUCAAAAUCAUUCACUUGGUACGUGAUCCUCGGGCUGUGUUCAGGUCCCGAGAGAAUACAAUGGCAGACCUGAAACGCGACAGUAACAUUGUUAUGGGGUCUCAGAAGACAAAGGGAGAAAUGGGGCCCUACAACACAAUGCAGGUAAUCUGCAAAAGCCAUGUUGAGAUAUACAAGGCAGGAAGUCAGGCCGCUCCAAGCUUCCUGAAAGACCGGUAUCUGCUGGUUCGCUAUGAAGACAUUGUCAGAGACCCGCUAGCACGGGCUGCUCAGAUGUACAGGUUUGCAGAACUCCAUUUCACACCAGAGCUUCAGAAGUGGGUCCACAACAUCACCCAUGGAAAGGGUCAUGGAGCACAGGCCUUUGAUAUUGGGUCGAGAGAUGCACUGAGAGUAUCCCAGGCCUGGAGAAAGACACUUCCCUUCCAGAAAAUAGAAAAAGUGCAAAAUGUGUGCAAAGAUGCAAUGGAUUUGCUGGGCUACCGGCUUGUUCAGUCUGAAGAAGAGCAGAAAAAUAUGUCUCUGGAUCUUUUGUUUACCCAGAACUCCUCUGAGUAUCAUAUUUUGAAGGCAGAAAAGCUGGUCUCUGCAUCUACCCUCUGAAGGCUGCAGUGCUGAACUAGAGCCAAAGAGGACAGAGGUGCAGGCAUAGAAGUGUAAGAGCGUGCAUGGAUACAAGAACCCUGACUACAUUCAGGAGAGCUCUCAGUAGCAGAGGGUCACUCUCCAUGAACACUAGAGAUACAGCCACAAUAAAAGCUAAAGUAAUGCGAGUUUGUUUUCCAAAUUAAUUAUGUUUAGGUCGGAGCAUACAGAAUUCCAGAGGAGUAGGAACAGAUGGCAGAAGCUCAAACCCCCCACGGACCACAGCUGAAGACUAGGGAAACCACAUAGAGCAAUUGCACUGCCAAAGAAGAGGAACUAUAAGAGGAAGCUGAGUAAAGAAAACAUCACUUGAUAUACUGCCAUGCAGGAUAUGUAGUGGCAGAAAAGACGCAAGGAUGACUGGACAUUUGGUUUCUGGAAAGAUGUUGGACUUUGGUUUGAUUUUGUGUUGGGUUUUUUUGUUUUGUGGGGUUUAGUUUUUUGUUUUGUUUUGGGGUUUUUGGUUUGUUUGUUUGUUUUUUAAUGGUUGCAUUUUCAAGUCCAGUUUUUUUCCUUUUGCUCCAUUCAUGUGUCUGAGUAUCCAGCCUUGGUAGCAAAGAUGGGGAAAUGUUUGUGUUCACUUACUGUAUAAUAGGAAAAUGGAAUAAACCAGCUAUUGCUGAAAAUAAAACUCCUGGGUUUUCAUGUGGGAAACCAUUUCUGUGAUUAUGUGAAUCCAUUUAUUUUUUUGCUGAAAUAAUUCUGUCUUCUAGCUUUCAAACCCAAGAACAGUUGUUUUCCUGGGAAUUCCCACAGUCCACACGGGUGGCAGAAGAAUUUAUGCUAAGGUUGACAUCCUAAAGACAAGGUAUACAAAUAUUGCUGCUCCAGGGAAUAAUAGGAAGAAACUUCUUUGAGCCACAAAAAGAACCUUCCUGACCUUUUGUGAUAGUAGAGGAACCUGAUAGGAAUAUGGAAAACCAAACUGUCUCCAGCAUGUUGAAAGGAACAUAACUGUGUUGUAGGGCAUAUACCACUGUAACACUGUGGUACUGCUGACAUGUGUAUGCAGCCCCAGCUAGAGAAUGGGAGCUUUCAGCUGCAGGAGGUGACAGGUCUCCUGUUUAUGAACCUGGUCAUCAGCAAAACUUGCAUUUCAAACCAAGCUGGUAACAUUCCUAAUGUAAAAAAAAAAUUACUGUAUUAGCUAUAUUGUCUUGCAUUCCCUCAUUAAGUGCUUGUCUGGCUUCCACACAAAUCUCAAAUAACUGUUCAAAGUCUGAAUAGCAUGACUGUGCCAUAUAAUUCUCACUUUUUCAGUCCAGUGAAACACUGUGUAGUGCUGUUUGAGCAUUUAUUUGGUUACAUUGGUUAAUUCCUUGAAUAAUCAGUAGGUGUUGCAGUGGUUUCCCAAAACAGCAGUCUCGUUAUACCGUUUUUUAUUUUCAGUAUAAUUUUAAUUUGGCUUAACAGCAGCCAUUUCACAACUCACCUUAAUUUUCUGAGUGCCACAGUGCAAUAUGCUAAAAACCCAAAAUAUUAACUCUUUAGAGAGGUUAAAAAAAACAACCAACCAAACUUUGCCUUUGCCAGCCCAUUUUAUUUCACCAAAGAAUGAAUUCCAGAUUUUUAGUACUCCCUUCAAAUAGUAUUAAAAGAAGUAACCAGAGCACAAUUUCAGGCUAAAAGUACUGAAUUUUUCAGAUUAUGUAUCCUAGCAAUAGUGUUCUCUCUCAAACACAACUUAGGUGACAGAUACAUAACCUCGGAUCAUACCCUCUUAACUUUCACUUCCUACUUCAACUAUUACUCAUAGCCCUGAAAGCUGGUGUACUUUUCCCCAGUAGAAUAUACAGCCUGGUACAAGCAUUCUUUUGAUUAAAGCAGCUGCAUCCUCUUAGAUCUGCAGAGAUGCAAAACAGGCCUUUUAAUACAAAAAAAAAAAAAAGGCAUUUCUUAAACUUCAGAACUUUGAUCAAAUUUUCCACUGUGUUUCUGAAAU